UGGCCUUUUAGGGCUUCCUCACGAGUCAAACACUGGUGACGCGCCCACCUGAACACCGUUCCUCGUCUUCCAGCUUCCAGCGUUGAGGAACGAUCGCAGAGAGCCAGAGACGCAAUACUCUAUUCCUGACAAGAGACAGAAAGCAAUGGAAAAGAAAAAAGAACAAAUUAAGGUUGUGAAUAAGCUGUUGAUGAACUUAUUAGGAAUCUGUUGAUUGCGAAUCAUUUGAUUCCAAGUCGAAAAAAUGAAGCGAUUUGUAUACAUUAAUGAUGAUGAAUCGCCAACAAGAGAACUUUUCUGUGAUAAUCGCAUAUCAAACAGAAAAUAUACCUUAUUGAAUUUUCUCCCCAAAAAUUUGUGGGAGCAGUUCAGCCGGUUCAUGAACCAGUAUUUCUUAUUGAUUGCUUGCCUUCAGCUAUGGUCACUUAUUACUCCAGUAAACCCUGCCAGUACUUGGGGUCCGCUUAUUUUUAUAUUUGCAGUAUCAGCAACCAAAGAAGCUUGGGACGAUUAUAAUAGAUAUCUCUCAGACAAGAAAGCAAAUGAGAAAGAAGUGUGGGUUGUUUGGCAGGGCACUAAAAAACAUAUUCAAGCACAGGAAAUAUGUGUUGGUAACAUAGUGUGGCUUCGUGAAAAUGAUGAAGUUCCAUGUGAUCUUGUUUUGAUUGGUACCUCGGAUCAUCAAGGUGUCUGCUAUGUGGAGACAGCUGCCUUGGACGGUGAAACUGAUCUGAAGACCAGGGUAAUACCCUCUGCUUGCAUGGGGAUAGAUUCUGAGUUGUUGCACAAAAUCAAGGGUGUUAUUGAAUGUCCAAAUCCAGAUAAGGACAUUAGGCGAUUUGAUGCAAAUUUGCGUUUGUUUCCUCCAUUUAUUGAUAAUGAUGUUUGCCCUUUGACCAUAAAAAACACAAUUCUUCAGUCAUGCUACUUGCGAAAUACAGAAUGGGUUUGUGGUGUGGCUGUCUACACAGGCAAUGAAACUAAGUUGGGUAUGAGUAGGGGUAUUCCUGAACCUAAGCUUACAGCUAUGGAUGCCAUGAUUGACAAACUAACUGGAGCUAUUUUUGUGUUCCAGUUAGUGGUAGUUAUUGUUCUAGGUAUAGCUGGGAAUGUGUGGAAGGACACAGAAGCAAGAAAGAAAUGGUAUGUCCUAUAUCCAAAUGAAGGUCCAUGGUACGAACUACUGGUUAUCCCUCUAAGAUUUGAGUUACUAUGUUCCAUCAUGAUACCCAUAUCUAUUAAGGUAUCUCUGGAUCUUGUGAAGAGCUUAUAUGCAAAAUUUAUUGAUUGGGAUGCUGAGAUGAUUGAUCAUGAAACUGGCUGUUCAUCCCAUGCAACAAACACAGCAAUUAGUGAGGACCUGGGACAAGUUGAGUACAUUUUGACUGACAAAACUGGAACUCUCACUGAGAAUAAAAUGGUGUUUAGAAGAUGCUGUAUCAAUGGCAUUUUCUAUGGGAAUGAGAGUGGGAAUGCUUUGAAAGAUGCCCGGCUGAUCAAUGCUGUUGCUAGUGGAUCUCCUGAUGUUAUUCGGUUUCUUACAGUUAUGGCAAUAUGUAAUACUGUUAUACCUGUCCAAAGCAAAAUUGGAGCAAUCUUAUACAAAGCACAGUCUCAGGAUGAGGAUGCUCUUGUUCAAGCAGCUGCUAAGUUGAAUAUGGUUUUUGUCAAUAAAAGUGGAAACGUUCUUGAGAUCAGAUUUAAUGCUUCUGUAUUUCAUUAUGAGGUGUUGGAGACUCUGGAGUUCACUUCUGACAGGAAAAGGAUGUCAGUUGUGGUCAGAGAUUGCCAAACUAGAAAGAUCAUCCUUUUAUCAAAAGGAGCGGAUGAAGCAAUUCUUCCUUAUGCUGCUGCAGGACGACAAACAAGAACAUUUAGUGAAGCUGUAGAACAGUAUGCCCAAUUGGGGCUGCGGACAUUAUGCCUGGCCUGGCGGGAAUUAAAAGAGGAUGAAUAUAAUGAGUGGCAUUUGAUGUUUAGAGAGGCCAGUAGUACGUUGGUUGAUAGGGAGUGGAGAAUAGCUGAAGUCUGCCAGAGAUUAGAACAUGAUCUUGAAGUUCUUGGAGUUACUGCAAUAGAAGAUCGCCUGCAGGAUGGUGUUCCAGAAACAAUUGAAACACUUAGGAAAGCAGGAAUAAAUUUUUGGAUGUUAACUGGAGAUAAGCAGAAUACUGCCAUACAAAUUGCUCUUUCAUGCAAUUUUAUUUCACCAGAGCCAAAAGGUCAACUUCUAUUAAUUGACGGCAAAACUGAAGAUGAAAUUUCUAGAAGUUUGGAGAGAGUUUUACUUACAAUGAGGAUAACAACUUCGGAACCAAAGGAUGUGGCAUUUGUUGUUGAUGGCUGGGCCCUGGAAAUCUUAUUGAAGCAUUAUCGAAAAGCUUUUACUGAAUUGGCAAUAUUGUCAAGGACUGCAAUAUGUUGUCGCGUCACGCCAUCACAAAAAGCUCAGCUUGUGGAGCUCUUGAAAUCAUGUGACUAUAGAACACUGGCUAUUGGAGAUGGUGGAAAUGAUGUGAGAAUGAUACAACAAGCUGAUAUUGGAGUUGGCAUUAGUGGGAGAGAAGGACUGCAAGCAGCACGAGCGGCUGAUUAUAGUAUUGGAAAGUUCAGGUUUCUGAAAAGACUGAUACUAGUCCAUGGGCGGUAUUCAUAUAACCGAACAGCAUUUCUGUCUCAAUAUUCUUUUUAUAAAUCCCUACUGAUAUGUUUCAUACAAAUCUUUUUUUCUUUUAUUUCAGGUGUUUCUGGGACCAGUCUUUUCAAUUCUGUUAGCUUGAUGGCUUAUAACGUUUUCUAUACUAGCAUACCUGUUCUAGUUAGUGUACUUGACAAAGAUCUUAGUGAAGAAACGGUAAUGCAGCAUCCUCAAAUUCUAUUCUAUUGCCAAGCAGGAAGGCUUCUUAACCCAAGCACGUUUGCAGGAUGGUUUGGUCGAUCUCUGUUCCAUGCAUUUGUUGUAUUUAUAAUCAGUAUAAAUGCGUAUGCCUAUGAAAAAAGUGAAAUGGAGGAGGUUGCAAUGGUGGCACUUUCUGGAUGUAUAUGGUUGCAGGCUUUUGUUGUAACAUUAGAGACCAACUCCUUUACAAUAUUACAACAUCUAGCCAUAUGGGGCAACUUAAUUGCAUUUUAUGCAAUCAACUGGAUUGUUAGUGCUAUUCCAUCGUCAGGGAUGUAUAUGAUAAUGUUCCGGCUAUGCACGCAACCAUCUUACUGGAUAACUGUAUUUCUCGUAGUUGCAGCGGGAAUGGGUCCAAUACUAGCUCUGAAGUAUUUCCGCUACACAUAUAGACCCAGUAAAAUAAACACACUCCAGCAGGCUGAACGUUUGGGUGGACCAAUACUGUCUCUGGGAAAUAUCGAGCCACAACCAAGAUCAUUGGAGAAAGAAGUUUCUCCAUUAUCAAUUACUCAAACCAAGAACAGAAGUUCGGUUUACGAACCUCUAUUAUUAGAUUCUCCAAACACUAGAAGAUCCUUCGGAUCAGGAACUCCGUUUGAUUUCUUUCAGUCUCCAUCCAGAUUGUCUUCUUCGAGCUACUCAAGAAAUUGCAAGGAUAACUGAGCUCUACCUCUUGUUAAUUGGCAUGCAAAGAAGUGUAUAGGCGGCAUAGUUGAUUGGUACAAGUCCUUUAUAGUUCUGCAUUUUGCUGAAUAGUUGUCUUAGGAUUGUAAAGGAUGCAACUUUUUUCCGUCCCUUACAAUUUAUUUACACUUAAUGACCACUUCCAAUUUUUUUUUUCCCUUACUCAGAACAAUUGUAAUAUGUAUAUCUUUAAAAAUGUGUUGAGCACAAAUAGGAAGGCUUUGAAUAAAUUAACCAUGUGUUCAUUCA